CUUGGCUGAUAUGCUGAGCCAGUCUUCAUCUCGCUUCGACAUCUUCCACUCCAUCUACUGUACAACAUCAAGAUGCCGCGCGAACUUGUUAUCGAGAAGAUUGAGGGCAAGCCUGGCCAGGUGUACUACCCCCUCAAGGUCAAGGAGGUCCCGAUCCCCAAGCCCGGCCCCGGCCAGGUGCUGGUGCAGUUCAAGGCCGCGGCGCUGAACCACCGCGACCUGUUCAUCCGCCAGCACCUGUACCCCGGUCUGGCGUUUGACACGGCGCUCCUGGGCGACGGGUACGGCACGGUGGUGGAAGAGGGCCCUGGGUGCAAGCGCGGGCUUGCCGGCGCAAACGUCGUAGCCCUCCCCAUGCGCGGGUGGGAGGACGACCCGCAAGGCCCGCCGCCCGGCUCCAACUUCCACGUGUCGGGCGGCACGGUGCACUCGGACAGCGGGUGUGCGCGCGACUACGCCGUGUUCUCGGAGAACGAGGUGGAGCGUGCGCCGGCGCACCUCGACGCGGUGGGCGGCGCGGCCCUCCCCCUGGCGGGGAUCACGGGGUGGCGCGCGCUCGUGACCAAGUCGGGCGCGGCGGAGGCGGGCAAGAACAUCCUCAUCACGGGCAUCGGCGGCGGCGUCGCCCUCCAAGUCUUGCAGUUUGCCGUCGCGCUCGGCGUGAACGCGUACGUCUCGUCCGGCAGCGACGAGAAGAUCGCGCGCGCGCUCAAGCUCGGCGCAAAGGGCGGGAUCAACUACAAGAAGGACGGGUGGGAGAAGGAGCUCAAGGCCGCGCUCCCCGCCGAGCGCAGGUAUCUCGACGCCAUCAUCGACGGCGCCGGCGGGCCCAUUGUGCAGAAGGCUACGCGGCUGCUGCGUACCGGCGGCGUCGUGUCGCAGUACGGCAUGACUGUCGGUCCGAAGAUGGACUGGAUCAUGCCGGCCGUCCUGGCGAACAUCGAGCUCAAGGGAUCCACGAUGGGCUCGCACAAGGAGUUCCGCGACAUGCUCGCGUUCGUGGACAAGCACAAGAUCUCGCCCGUGAUCAGCAAGAGCAUCAAGGGCCUCGACAACAUGGCUGGUCUCGAGGAGCUGUUCGCCGACAUGCGCGACGGCAAGAACUUUGGCAAGCUCGUCGUGGAGAUCGACGCGCCGCGUGCCGCCUCGCCGUCCAAGCUGUAAACACCAUCUGAACUCCCUGUUAGCUGGUUCGCACCAAUGCUGUAUGAACAAGGUCUAUGCAGAUGCCUGAAACCCCG